UGCGAACAAACUGGUGCUCAAUCAAAAAAACGAGCCAGACCGUUUGUAACCAGUUUCACUUCUUACAAUUUGCAUGGGCCGCUCAGUUCGUUUAUUCUCGUUGCCGAGUGACAGGAUGCUUACUAUUCUUCCAUAAACAGCGGCGUACUAUUUGAAGAGGUAAAGUACACUUUCUUUUGUUUGUUUCCAAAAUUUUGCUAAAAGCACUUGAUGUAUUGCUGCAGUAAUACUAGGAUCAAGUAUUUUAAAUAUGUUAGCUGCUGAAUUACAGCUACAAGGGGCCUUUGAAGAAGCUGCUUGUAAAACUUUUGAUGGUCAUAAAGAUGAGGUAAAUUGUUGUGCGUUUUCCCUUGAUUGGGAAAUACUGAUAACAGGUUCGGAUGAUGGCCGUGUGCGUGUUUGGAAUAAUGUAACAGGACAGCUUGUUUGCCGGUUUAAAGGCCACAAAGGCUCUAUUAAGAGUGUUUGUAUCACAUCGGAUAGUAAAUACAUUGCAAGUGCUUCGUAUGACAGGACUGUUAUUAUUUGGAAAACAAGGAAUGCGGAGAUUAUCCAUAUUCUCAAAGGGCACUCAAGGAGUGUGGAAACAGUAUCUUUCUCUCAUGAUGGAUCUCUCCUCUGCUCUGGUGGCUGGGACCAGGAAGCCAUACUCUGGAGAGUUCAGGAAGGAUCUGUAAAGAAUGUUUUUACAGGUCACACCAACCUUGUACAGUGUUCUGCUUUCUCCUAUGAUGAUAAAAUCCUGGCUACAGGAUCUUGGGAUUAUACUGUGAGAAUAUGGAAACUGGCAAAGGACUUACAAAUGCCAGAGUGCCUUGUGUUAAGUGGACACACUGCAAAUGUGUUCACUUUAUGUUUCUCCAAGCUUGGUUUGCUGGCUUCUGGUUCGUGGGAUAACACAGUACGCACUUGGAACCCUCGGACUGGUGCUGCAAUCCGUGUCCUUGAAGGCCAUUCGGGUUGGGUGAGGGCAGUGUCAUUUACUUCUGAUAGCACCAUGCUGGCUAGUGUUAGCGAUGAUGAAACGAUUAGGAUUUGGGAUGUUAUAUCAGGAGAGUGUGGUAAGACAAUCAAGGGUGAAGUUGAACAGUUACAAAUGUGUUCUUUCUCCCUUGAAGGAGGUUUAAUUGUUUCUGGCGCCCUCACAUCUUUUUUUAAACAGCAUGCUGGUGAGAAAGAAACUAGUGAUCCAUAUGUUACCAGUUGAACAGAAGAAAAGUGAAAAAAGAAAGAAAUUACCUUUUAGGAUAUAAUCAGUUUUUUCUGAGAACUUUCGAAAAUUUUUAUUAAAAAUUUGAUAAUAAAAGAAAAAAUUUGCUACGACAUAGAGAAAAGAAAUGUUUUAAUAUAUAUGAACAUAUGUUCUUUGCAAUAAAUUUACAUUUAAUAUCUCACA